CGGUGGCUGAGCUCCAUUCGUGGGAGGAGUGAGAAACGGGAUUCAAACCCUUCAGCGUCAUUUUCCAAGAACAGUUCACCAAGCAUCAUCAUCGGCACUUCUUGGACUCGACUCCUGCCCUUCACAGUAAUUACUCAACCUUCUUCUCAUUGUUGUGCCAGAAGAGAAGUCCAGGCCACAAGAGAGAGCAUUGAUUGAUUGAACAGAAUCGAAUCAGGAUGAUCUCCCUUCGUCACAUGCGUCGUGUUAGGUACAGAAGCAGCAGGGUAUCAUGGCAAUCCGGCACCAACAACAGCAAAGGUACUCUCACCACAUUCGUUAGCAGGCAGUAUGCAACCACGCCAAUUCCAAGAAGAAUAUCCUUGGCAGCACUCCGUCGUCAGGGCCUCAAGAGAUCUAACAGGCAUUAUCAUGAUGCCAGUCUGUCAGUGAUACCCCUGAGAUAUCUAAGAAUCCUCGUUUCCAAUCAUGGAACCCCCCUGCUUCUGGAAGUCAUUGCCCCACAUUCUACGCGAGAAGAUGACGACAAUACACCCAGAAUACUAGCCUUUAGUGCCGCACUCAAGGAAGAAGGCUUGUUAUCCAGAAUAAUACAAUGGUGCCACGACUUUAUUCACUCCCUUUGGGAAGCCAUUCAAGUAGUGCUGAGGGUAUCCGGAAUUGCUAUACGAAUGUCGCCACUGAUGAUACUCUCACCAGCAGCCUACCUGACAUCCCAAGUCACUCAAAACGACAAUAAUGCCGUCUCGGAGCUGGCAUGGUCCUACUUUAUGCAUGUCGUACAACACCUCGGUCCAGGCUAUGUCAAACUAUGCCAAUGGGUCGCCACUCGACGAGACAUUUUCCCAAAAGUCGUCUGUGAUCGAUUGUCCAGACUCCAUGAUAAGGGAUAUCCACACUCUCUCCAAGAAUCCGAGCGAAUCUUGCGACAGGCAUUUGGAGACGACUACGAUACCAAACUACAUCUCGAACGCGUCAUUGGAUGUGGAUCGGCCGCCCAAGUCUAUCAGGCCACCUUAAUGAACAACAACAGCAACAACAAUAACCAUGAUGGCAGUACAUCAUCUCCCGUGGCCGUCAAAAUACUCCAUCCCGGCUUUUCCAGACUCAUUGAAAAGGAUCUCUGGCUCUUGGAUACCGUAUCCAAGUGGUUGCACGAAUGGGCACCCGAAGGAUCCCCCAUUCAAAUGAUGAAUUUGCCACGCGCCGUACAAAACUUUGGCGACAAUCUACGACGACAAGCCGACUUGACACUCGAAGGGGAUAAUCUCAUUCAGUUUCGUCGAAACUUUUACGGACAAGACGAAGAAGAAGGUCAAGCCAGUUCCGCCAUUUUCUUUCCGCAACCCAAACCGGGAUGGGUCACGAGCAAUGUGUUGGUGGAGGAUUUGGUAGAGAAUGCCACGCCCAUUGCCGAAUUUUUGCAAGAUAACACCGAGUUGGGCUUGCAGACACGCAAAGACUUGGCAGGACCACUCCUACGAGCCUUUUUGAAAAUGGUCUUUCAAGAUAACUUUGUGCACUCGGAUAUUCAUCCCGGAAAUGUACUCAUUCAAACGACAACCACGGAAGCAGCCGACAAUCACAAUCUAUUGGAACGUUUGUGGCACCAGUUUCGAAAAACCGAAGCUGACGACGCCACGACACCCACCACGGUCACCAAGAGAACCAUUGUCUUUCUCGAUGCCGGAAUUGUGACCUCGUUGGAUGAUAACGACCGCAGAAACCUCAAGGAUUUGUUCCGGGCCGUUAUUCUGAAUGAAGGGUACGAAGCCGGACGAUUAAUGGUGGAACGAGCCAAGUACGAACGAUGCAGUCAAACCGAAGGAGGCGUCGAGGCAUUUGCUACCGGUGUGGGAGACAUUGUGGCAGAAUUCCACGAUCGACGAAAAUCGGGGUUGACUCUGGGUGCCGUACGGAUUGGAUCUUUGCUGGGACAAGUACUGGACUUGUGCCGAGUGCAUGGCGUCGAGAUUGACCCGUCCAUGGCCAGUAUCGUCAUUAGUACGCUCGUGUUGGAAGGAUUGGGACGGUCCCUCGAACCAACCUUGAACUUGAUGGAUUGUGCCAUUCCCUUUGUGCUGGGAAGGGGGAAAGUGUGAGGAAACGACUAGGCAAGCUAGCUAGCUACCGUAUAGACCGUUUUCAAAUCUAAUUAUAGAACUUAAUUAAUCCCUCCAGGGACUUUGUAAUUCCUAAUAAGUUAACAUAGACCAGAUUGUCCACUCCGUGUAGUC